AUGGACACAAUACUAGCUGGACUUCCGCAAGUUGCCGUACACCUAGACGACAUUCUCGUGGUCAGUGAAACAGAAGAGGAACAUGAGCACGUGCUCACCGACGUAUUUAGGCGGCUGGCUAAGGCGGGACUCAGGGUGCAGGCAAACAAAUGCGAAUUUUUCAAACAAAGCCUGGAGUUCUUGGGACAUCGCAUUGACCAAAAAGGCGUCUAUCCGGCGGAAACCAAGGUAGAGGCCAUCCACAAAGCCCCAGCCCCAACCAACAAGAAAGAACUACAGGCGUUUCUAGGUAUGAUAAACUUUUACAAUCGUUUCUUGCACGGGCGGUCUGAAACAGCAGAGAAGCUUUACCGGCUGUUAGAUAAAAAUGCUAACUGGAAGUGGGAUGAGAAGCACCAAGAGGCGUUCGAAUGUCUUAAGAAGUCGUUAACUUCAGUCUCUUUGCUGGUACAUUUUAACGAAAGCGCUCCCUUGAUAUUUUCAUGUGAUGCGUCCCCGGUGGGUGUAGGUGCUGUAUUGGCUCACGGUGACAACACGAGAAUUGAGCAGCCGAUUGCUUAUGCAUCGAGAACACUUACGAAGGCCGAGCGGAACUAUGCCCAAAUUGACCGAGAAGCGUUAGCCGUUGUGUUUGGUGCCCGGCAUUUUCAUCAAUACUUAGCCGGUCGGAAAUUUGUAAUAUUCACAGAUCAUAAACCACUUCUAGGAAUAUUCCGGAGGGAAAAGCAAAUUCCUGAAGUGCUGUCGCCUCGCAUGCUUCGUUGGAGUUUAAUGCUGUCGGCAUAUGAGUACCAACUCGAGUACCGCAAAACGCAGGACCACGCUAACGCGGACUGUCUCAGCAGGUUGCCGGCUCCCGGAUGUCAUCAAGACGCUGAGCUUCCAGGUGACGUCUUGCUCCUGGAAGCCGUAGAGUACCCACCAGUUACCGCCGGGGAUAUUGCAGCCUGUACUGCACAGGACAUCCAGCUAUCAAGGGUGACGAGAUGGAUCGUCGACGGCUGGCCGGAAGAACGCGUGCCUGAAGAAUACGGCGCAUACGAGGUAAGACAGCACGAGCUGUCCCUGCACAGAGACUGCGUGGUCUGGGGAAACCGCGUGGUGGUCCCGGAAGCGUUGCAAAAGCGUGUGCUUGUCCUGCUGCACGCAGAGCAUCCAGGGGUAUCGGCCAUGAAAGCUAUCGCGAGAUCACAUGUAUGGUGGUCUCGCAUGGAUGCGCAGAUUGAAGAAUUUGUGCGGCAUUGCACGGCAUGUCAAGAAAACCGGCAGAGUGAACCCAGGGUGCCAACCCACUUUUGGACAAAGCCGGAGCGGCUGUGGAGCAGAAUACAUCUCGAUUUUGCGGGGCCUAUUAACGGUGUCAUAUUUCUGGUGGUAGUUGACGCGUUCUCAAACUGGGCAGAGGUGGAAAUGAUGACGUCGGCGCGCGCGCCUGUCGUGAUAGAACGACUACGCAAGAUGUUUGCAACUUACGGGCUGCCGGACUUAAUCGUGUCCGACAACGGUGAAGUAUUUACGAGUGAAGAAAUGCAGUCGUUCCUUAAGAUAAAUGGCAUCCAAUCUAUGUACACUGCCCCUUACCACCCGUCAAGCAAUGGCAGAGCAGAAUGCAUGGUUCGUGAGUUGAAAUGUGCCCUUAAAAAGCAGAGCCAAGGAACUCUAGCGUGCAAAGUCUCUCGGUUUUUGUUCAAGCAGCAUUCCACCCCCCACUCGGAGACAGGCAAGGCCCCGGCAGAGCUCAUGUUGGGAUGGAACCUGAGGUCAAGCUUGGCAAGACUGCAUCCCGACACGAUGCAUGUGGAAUGCAUGCGGCAGUUACCCCCUCGAAGUUUUCAGUGCGGUGACUCUGGUUAUAUAAGGAAUUUUCGCCCAGGUCCAAGGUGGUUGGCGGCGCGCGUGCUGCGGCGCCGGGGCCACGUUAUGUACGACGUCCUGACGGCAGAUGGAAGCACACAUCGACGACACCGGGACCACGUACGGAGGGCGUGGAACCCAACACCCGUGACCACUGUAGGUGGUACCAGUGCCUCGUUUGCGCUACCCGAACCCUCAAGUUUGGUGCCUGCGCCUGCGCCUGCCCCUGCCGAUCCAGUGGAAUUGAGGCGCUCCACCCGUACGCGACGUGCAGUGCGCCGUUAUGGGUUCGAUGACUAG